AUGACAAAAAUGGAUGUUUUAGUUGGCAAUACUAAAAAAUAUAACAUUCCAUUGAGCCACUUUGAACAAUCAUACAUUAUAAAUUGUACGAAUGGUAAAGAAUUAGAAAAAAUUUACAAAGUAUUAAAAAGUGGAGAUGAAGGAAAAUUUCCACAACUAGAAGCAUUGACGCUUGAGAGAAUAGAAAAAAUCAAGCCAAAUAGUUCUUUAUUGCGUGAUGAAAAACCACCGUUAAACACUUCAUUUUUGCCCGAAGAGGAACUGAAUAAUUUCAAUGAUUUUUUAAACACAAUGAAUCGUAAACAAGAAAAUGGUGUUCCGGAUACGACAUCGACGAUUCAUUACCCAAUUCGAAGUUCGACUGGAAUGGAUAAUACAAUACACAACGUUGGGAAACAAAUAUCAAAGAAAAAUAGUGCUCUUCCUCGCAGUUAUGAUGAAUGGGGAAAACUUGAUAAGCAACUUGAACUUGACGAUGAUACUGAUGAAGAUGACAAAACAAGUUCAAAAUCUCCAAAUGGAAUAACAAAGUCUGAUAAUAUAUCGUCUGUUACGAGUCAACAUAACGAUAUAAAUGAACAACAUCAUACAUUGGCUGAAGAAUUGCGUAUUCAAGGAAAUACGGCUUAUAACCAAAAAAUGUAUCAACAGGCAUAUGAUUAUUAUACAAAUAGCUUAAAAUAUAACAAAAAAAAUUUAUCAUUACACAAUAAUCGUGCAAUGGCUGGUUUGAAACUGAAUAAAUACGAUGAAUGUAUUGCUGAUUGUAAUGAAGUUUUACAUGCUGACAACAGAAAUAUUAAAGGUUUAUAUCGCCGAGCACAGGCAUUUUAUGGUAAAAAAAUGUAUAAUGAAGCAAUCACUGAUCUUCAAAAGUUACUAUUGUAUGAUUCAAACAAUAAUGAAGCCAAAGAGUUAUUAAAUAUUGUAACAGCAAAACGAGAUGAAUAUGUAGGUGUACAACAACGGGGUGGUAAACGUCUUGAAAUAGUCGACGAUGAUAAUGAUAUACUUUCAGAAGAGAUUGACACAGUUGGGCGAAAAAUCGAAAUUAAAGCUGUGGAAAGUGAAGAUGACGAUGAGGAUGAUGAUGAUGUUGCGAAGGUUGAUAGAGAUGGAAAGAUUAUCCAGGAUAUCGAUAAUAAUAUCACUGCUCCUAUUGUUUAUUCGAGUAAUCAACAACCAUGCAUUGAACUCCUUGCCGAUGAUGAUAGUACUCCCUCAUCAUAUGUGACCGAUAGAAAAAAUUUAUUUAAUAAUGGAUCAAACUUACAAACAAGAUAUUCUAGCGGAGAUGGAGUUGAAGCGGAUAAUGAGGCAGAAGACGACGAUAAUAAUAGUCUUGAUUCUGAUGGUCUUGGUGAAAAUUCAAGAUCACCUCGAAGUAUGAAUGUGUCACCAAUAACAACACCACAAGACCAGAUUGAUCAAAGUAUUUUAUUUUCACCAGUGCCAGAUGAUGAUAAUAAUGAAUCAUUUGAAGAUGAUAUAUAUAAUCCAAAAUUGUUGCAUACACAACAAAAUGAAUACGAUCCAAAUAUUUACGAAGAUGAGCGAGAAACAGUUCCGAAAACGAAUCCGAGCAUGUGGAAUGAUACGUUUACAACAGUCAGUUCAACGGAUGCACCGUUGGAUAAUGACGACUUUGAUGAUAUUGAUAGCGGUAAUGAUAGAUCGACGAUUUUAUUUACUGAUGCUGUAUCAAGAUCAAAUUUCAGUCUACACAUACAACAUUGGUUAAGAGAAACAGCGUAUGGUGCUAAUUAUUUACAAUCAGAUGAAAUAAAACGAUUUAUGACAGCAUCCACAAAACCUUGGUCACGACAACAAAUACCAUGGGAUCUUGAUAAAAUAGAUCAUCAUAUAAGAAAUUUUAGUCGUCUAGGCGAUUUUCAAAGUACGAUUGAUGCGUCUAAGAAAAUGUUAAGAAAUGGUUUCUUAGAUUAUCAUUAUCAUACUGAACAUAUUGUUGAAAUUUUAUGGACAUGUGCCGAUUCAUAUGCAAAAUUAGCUAAUGAUCGUUGUGCAAUAGAAUUUGCUAGUGAAGCAUUACAGUUUAAUAUAAUUCAUGGACAAUCGUUAAUGUGUCGAGCAAAAGCAUUUCAAAAUGAAAACUUCCUGCUUUAUGCAUAUUCAGAUUAUUCUAAAAUUCCAUCAAAUGAUCCAAAAUAUCAAUUAGCAUCAAGUCUUCGAGAAACAGUGAAAACAAUGCUUAAUGAAAAAGAGCCAACGUGGAGAGAGAAACUUAGUGGUUUAACUGAUGAUCUGUUUAUGUUGUAUAUUAAAGAAAAACAUAAUUGUCCAUCAACAACUGUUGAACAAUAUGAGUGGUAUAGAGCAUAUGGAAAUCAAUUGUAUAAUAAUGCAUGCUACGUGCUUGCUACAAAAUUUUAUGAUAAAUGUACAGAAAUAAACAAGGAAAAACCAACAGCUUAUUCAAAUCGUGGUGCUUGUUACCUCAAAUUAUAUGAACCAUUAAAAGCAAUCAGUGAUUUUGAUAUUGUUUUAAAUCAUGAUAAUCGAAAUAUACGAGCAUUAUAUCGGAAAGCAUGUGCAUAUAAAAUGUUAAAUAAUAAUAAUCUAUAUUUAUCGACAUUAAAAGAAUAUUUGAAAAUAAAUCCUACAAAUCAAUUGGUUUUAACUGAAUAUUACAAAAGUCAAAAAAUGCAAGUUCCAAGACAUCUUAGACGAAUAAGAGCAGCAUUCAAAAAUCCUGAACUGGAUCUACAACAACAACCACAACAGUUGUCAUCAACAGUACUAAUGAAUGGUAACACUGACACAGAGAAUUUUCUAACAUUUAAUGAAAUUGAUUCUCUCCGCAAAGAGGCUGAUAAUCAUGUAAUGAGUCUUUAUGAAUUUUUACAAAAAAUUAAUACGACAAAACCGUCUGAUUUAAAAAAUUACUCAAAAUUAUUAUUUCAUUUAAAACCAGCGACAGUCAAUAUACAAAUUGGUAAUAUAUCUCCAAAAUUACUAGAAACAAUUCUUAAAUAUUUUUACCACUUUAUUCGUGCUGAAAAACAACAACAACAACAACAGCAGAAUAAUGACACAUUCUCAUAUAAGGAUAGUUCUAAACAUUAUAUAAAUGAAUUAGUUGCUUAUUUUACUUCAACAACGACAACAAUCGAUCGUAAAAAAUUGAAUGAAUUAAAAAAAGGAUUUAAAGUAAUUUAG